AGGGCCAUGAGCGCCCGAAGCCUCCUCCCCCAAGCCUCCCGAGGAGAAGGGCCCGGCUCUUUGGCCGCCCCUGAGCCGCCGUCUUUUGCCUUUCCCCGAGCGAGCAGCGCGGAAGGGCCGCGAUGAGUAGGAGUCGACCGCGCAGCCGCUUGGAGCAAGGGGAUUCUGAGGUACAUGAUGGCAAGCUUCCAGAGAUUCUUUGUGUUUCAGAAAGCAGCAAGUGUCUCCCUUCUCAGCCACCAAAAGAACAAAAAUUGCCAAUCAUAACAUGUGACCAAAGAUUUUCGGAUACCAACGUCUCAGGAAAAUCAUUUGGAGGUCGUCUGUUUGAGAACAGUUGGAAGAAUGCAGUGAUAAAAACAAAAAGGAUGAAACAAAGAGAAUAUACAUGUGCAUAUGGCCUGAGAAAGUCUGAUGGAAAUGCUGCAAUGCCAAGUCGUACUCAGGAAUGUGAGCGAUAUUCAGCAAUAACAGCCUCCUCUCCUGUUACAUUGAUGGCACAAGGAGCUGCUAAUCCAUUUCCAAACAGUAAUGAUGAGCUUGGCUUGCCACCAUUAUGCUUGCUUCCAUCUACCUCAUCACACUUUACUUUUGGAAACCUAUACAAAAGCAGAGGAGAAAUAGCCAUGGGGGAUAUAAAUAAAAGAAGGGUGUACUCGUGGAAACCAGACCCUUUGAAGACAUCAGAGAUGCUCAGUGGAGCAGGAGAGAUUGGUGCUGUGAGGCUGAAAAAACACAACAGAUAUUCUAGUUUAAUUUCAUUUCCAGAUGGAUCCAAGUUCAACUCUGGUUACUGCUUCCCAGACCCUCUCAGGGGAGCUCCUCCUGAAUACCUCAGACGACUUUCUGAAUUGGCCGCUUUGGAAUGUGAAACAGUUCAUCAAGAGAAAAGCAGAAAAAUCAGGAAGACCAAGAAACAAGAGAUGUAAACCAUAUACUGGCCAAAGAGCAAGCUCCUUUGCAAUUACUUAAUGAGUUAAUCAUUUCUUGCCCCAAACUACCUACAAAGCCUCCUUUCACAGGUACUCUAAUCAGUGAAACUCUUAAUGUAAAAGGGAAAUCUUAUUUAAUAAACAUUUUAUAUAUUUGUAGUUAUGUUGUCACUGUCUAUUUGCCGUAGGUUUUCAGCUACAUAAUUUAUUGAAGCAAUUAGCAGUUUGCACAAUCUCUAAAAUUGCAAACCUGUCACAUGUACAAAGUAGCUGCAGGGUUAUGGAAGUGACAAACAUCAAAGAAAAUGGGUGUUACAUUAGCAACUCUUUAGCAGUAUUUGGCUAAAACAGCUGUAUUGUGAGCCUUGUUAUUUGCCACCAAGUUGAUUCUAACCUAUGUCAAUCCUACGAAUCAGUGACCUAACAAAGGUCUCUUCUUUAACAGCCCUGUUCAGUUCUUGCAAACUCAAGGCAAACUCUUACUUCUUUAGCGAAAUAAUUCCUUGUUUGGUCUUAUUCUGUUGCCUUCAACUUUUCCCACUGUUAUCUUUUCCAGUGAGUCUUGUCUUCUCAUUGUGUGCCCAAAGUACCAUAGCCUCAGUCAUUUCUGAGCUUUGACUUAGAUUUUACAUUUGUGCCACUGCCAGUAUGGGAUUUAAGUGUAAACUUCAUCUUGAAAUUUAUUUAGUUCAUUUACUGCUAUGCAUUAGAGUAUAUUUGCUUCAUAUGGUUUUCAAAUUUAAGCUAUAGGCGACAUUUUCACAUUGCACAUGUACGAUUGUGUGCUCCUAAAUCACUAGUUUCUACAUUAACUAUUUCUGUCUUUAAUGGUUACACUAAGUUCAAUUAACUUAAUUCCUUAUACUUUCGCCACCUUGGAUCUAUGUUUUCUGGUUUUAUUGCUUUUAAAUUUGUAAACCACCCAGAGUAGACCUUUGGUCUAGAUGGGCGGGAUCAAAAUCCAAUAAAUAAAUUUCUCAUCAUCAGAGGACAUAUAGCAACAGCCACCCCAUUAUUUUCAUAUAGACUAUACAAUCCUCCUUUUAUCUUGCAGAGAACUAUUACAGAAAGUAAAGCACAAUACUUUCAUUUAGUUAAUAAAUAAAGCAUUGAAUGAGGAUGAGGCAGGAAGAAUGCAUGUAAUGGAUGCAACUGGGCUGUCAGAACAUAGGAAGCUGCCUUAUAAUCAGCACCUUCCAAGGUUUCAGGCAGGGUUCUUUCCCAACCUAACCUGAAGAGUAUA